AUCUUUAGAAGGUGGUAUGCAGGUUUUCUUUGAGGACGAGGACUGGGAGGUUAGAUAUGGAGGGAUUGUUUAGUAAAAAAUGUUCACCCACAGGUGGUAAGGUGUCUUUAUCUUCAUUGUUGUCCUGUGUGAGUUCAGUUGAGAAUGUAGUGAUUGUCUGGUUUCACCCACACAGUUGUUGUUGAGGCAUUUAGUGCACUGGAUGAGGUCCUCCACAUGUUGUGAUAGGAAUGCCAUUAAUUUUGCUCACUCCAUAUCUGACCUCUCAGUCCUCAAAGGAGAGGCAUAAUAUUCACUAACCCAAAAGAAAUUAAAAUGAUGUCAAUAUUAAAAAGUUAUUUUUGCUUUGCAGAUGAACUCCAGAUAGAAGUGGAAAGACUCCAGAAAGAAAACAAUGAGCUCAAAGUAGAACUGGAUGAACUCAAAGUAGAACUUAAGUGGAGAAGGGCUCGCACCUAUGCAGAUGGCAUCACUCUUAAUCCAGACACAGCCCACCCCAACCUCUCCAUUUCUGGGGAUAAGAAGAAAUUUAUUCAUGAAUCCCAACCUCAAAAUGUUCCACCAACUCCAGAGAGGUUCGAUUCAACUGUCUCUGUGUUGGGCUCUGAAGGAUUCUCCUCUGGAAAGCACUAUUGGGAAGUGGAUGUCAGAAGCAGCAAUGACUGGGACCUGGGAGUGGCCAGAAAAGUAAUAAAGAGAACAGGAAAACUUUCCUUGUCCCCUAAAGAGGGAUUCUGGGCUCUGGGUUGGAGUGGGAGAGAUUACUGGGCAAAAACUGAUCCAUGGACCCAGGUCACAGUGAAAAAAAGGCCCAAGAAAAUUGGAGUUUACCUUAGUUACCAAGAGAGGCAGGUGACCUUUUUCAAUGUAACUGACAUGUCUGUGUUGUUCACAUUUAAUGAUUGUUCAUUCUCAGGAGAGGUUUAUCCAUUCUUUAAAAAUUCCCAGAAAGGAACAUCAAUGAAAAUGUGUUCUUUAAGAGAAGAUGAAUGAGUUUAAACUGGCACUGCCACUCACGAAUCCCACUGUAUCUUUGAAAUCAAAUUUCCCAUUAAUGAAUUUGAAUUAUAUUUUGCCUCUAUAUUAAUUCUGUGGUGCCAUCUCUAAAACAGCACUGUUAUUCAUUUUUUGGCUGUGAAUCUAUGAUAUCAAGUUUCUCUCUAAUAAAAUUUAAACUGUA